CAUAAAAUAUCAUAACACAAUUUAUUAUUAUUUUAUUAGGAAGUUAUUCAGGCAUUCAUUUUUCAGAAUAUGUCUGCUCAGUUGGGAAAAGUACUGUCUCUUAUAUUAUGUGAACGUUUUGGACCUAUUAUAGAAAAAGUUGGCAUGUACUUGUUUCAGUACGGCACCAGUCCUAUAUUAUACAUUGUUAAAAGUACAAAAUUUCCCCUAUCAAAGGUAAAAGAAUCACUGUGUGUGCUGAUCAAAUAUCGUUUAGUGACUUUCUCUCCAAACAGAAAUGAGAAUAUAGCGAAUUACACUAUAAAUGCUGAGAAUGUAUUGUUAAUGUUACGUUAUCCCAAAUAUAUUAAUUUAAUUAAAAAGAAGUUUGGUGAUGAAUCUGAAAUGAUAAUAGAAGAAAUAUUGCAGCGAAGUUAUUGGACAGCAUCAGAAAUAAUUUUAAAAGUUGAUCAACGUCUCUCAAAAAGCGUAGAAAAUACAGUUACAUUGGGACAGUUAAAAGACAAAUUUGUAUCAUUAGUUACUGCAAAAUAUUUGGUGAGAAUGCCUUACAGUGAAGAAGACAAACCAGUCCCAAAUUUAGUUAUCAAAGAUAAGGAGUUGCAUUUAAUACCUGAGAUAGAUAUAAAACAGAUCGUUAAUGCGAAGACAGGUCAGCCAUACAAUUAUACAGAUAAAAAUAUCUACUGGACGGUAAAUUUUGAUAGGUUCCACCAAGAUAUGAGAGAUAAAAUUAUUGUAACCGCUUUUACAAGAAAAUUUGAUGAAAAUGCUGGGGAGUUAGUCAAAUUGUUGUUACAGCGAAUGUACAUAAGGACGCAACCAUGGGCGGAUAUUUCAAAUCCAGUGCCAAUACUAGAGAUUAAAGAUUUACUUAAGAAACAAAAUACCUUUCCACAACUGAAUGCGUUUUUUGACCAGUAUGUUAAUGUUAUAGAACAAGAUAGUAGUAAGUUAAUCAGAAAAUCAGGGGAAGCUAGUGGUGGUUCGUUUCAAAUUUUCCUUAAGGAAGCUUUUACUCAAUUUGCUUGGGAGGUGACCGAGCAGUGUGUUUUAGAAAAAUUCGAUUCGAAGGCAGCCAGAAUCUUCAGGCUUGUGAAAUUGAAGAAAUACAUAGAACCAGAUCAAAUUCAAAAGCUUGCUAUGAUUCCCGCAAAAGAAGCUAAACGACUAUCCUAUCAGUUACUUGAAGAAAACUUUUUAGAAAUCCAAGAACUGAGGAAAGCAUCCGUAGGUAAUGGACCUAGUAAGUCAUUUAUGUUGUUCUACAUUAAGCUGGAACAGGUGGUACGAAUGAUACUAGAUCUAUGUUACAAGACUUUAUUUAAUAUAAUGACUAGGAGGAAUUACGAAAGGGAAAUAAAUAAGAGAAUCAUUGAUAAGAAGCAAAGGGUGGACACUAUAGCAAUGGGCAUGAGAGCACAAGGGGCUUCAGAAAACCAGCUAGCAGAUAUCGAAGAAAUGAUUACUCCACCGGAACGACAAAUCCUAGAAAGUGUAGAAAAAACGAUGAAGAAAUUGAAUUUAGUUGAGUUGGAAAUUGACGAUACUAUAUUUUUGUUGCAAAUGUAUUUAACCUAUGAGUAAAGUGAUAGACUGUUAUUUAUUUACGAUAAAAUCUGUUUUAAUAAAAAAUUGUAAUUCA